UCUUGUCCAAUCAACGCUAUUUUCAUUGCGACAAUUCUGCUGGUGAACCUGGCAUUAGAGUUUUGUAGUACUGACAAAUAUGUCGGCCUCUGGGAAUCUCUUGGCCACCAGUAUUGUGGACAUAUGAGAGGAGCACACAGUUGUUUUGGGAUUAUAACCACUUGCCUUUCUCUUCGUGAACUUCCGUGUUGGUGGAGCGGCCUGCAGACAGAUGCUAGGUUAGCUAUUUAAAAGAAGUUAAGGAACCAAGCAGCUUCCCACCCCUAGCUAACAGCUAGUUAAGAUAGCUGCGUGUAGUAAAAUAACGUCAGACGUAUCGGUGUCUGGCUAGCUAGCCAAACAUUUAACGUUAUCUGUGUUAGCUUGGCGCUGGGACAACUUAGCUAGCCAUCACAGCAAGACCCGCACAGCUUGCUGGCACCGCUGAAUGAGUCGAAUGGAUAAUAAUGGAUGUGAGGAGUUGUCUCUGCCGAUCAUAAUCCAAAGAGGGAAUAACACGACCAGGAGUGGCACAUACCAUUCACCGUUUUUGGACCCAGAGCAAUUGUAAAACCCUUCACAGGUGCAGCAUCCCGGCCAACCUUCAGACUAGAUUAACUUCUUUUGUGACCCAGGAUGACCUGUUGAAGUUGAUAUUCAAUACGGCCACCUCUGUGUUCCUCCAUACACUCAAAGCGAUCAGAAUCAAAAGUCAAGGAGGUUUUUGAUCAGCACUGGAUCCUGCUUACCAGGGUGGAGAAGAAUACUUUAAACCUGAAAAACCUCAUGAUACAGAUGGCCCAAGGAGUGUCCAUUUUCCACACAUAAAAGCCACGGUUUUUCACGUUUUUGUUGAGGUCAUUUCGAGGACAUAGCUCCGGAGAGGCUCUAUCUGCCAAGGGAUUGUUGUGGGAGGGUGUUAUCCAAGCCUCAGUGCUCUCUGCUGGGGAAGGAAGCGGAGGGAAGGCCCUGGAAGUCCCUGGAGAAGAGGGCAAAACAGAAAGCGGCCUGAAGCUGGAAGGCUGACGGUUACAUAACUAACAGGCGCGGUCGUCCACUAACACAGUGGAACAAGGAGACCAGUGGUGGAACUGAGUUGUGCUAUGUUGCCAUUGCUGGCUGAUAUAUGAGAUAAUACCACUAUCCAUUGGCACAUAAACCCCCAGUGUUUCAAAUUAACACUCUCUCAAAAAUUUCAUUUACAUGGAUACUAAUGGAUGUUCUACUGGAUUUUCCCCCAGAUGUUUUGGAAAGAACGACACCAACACUUCCUGCUUUUUGUCUUCCAAUCACAUCCCUGGUGCAGCUGGCAGGUGAGGUGGUUUGAAUCAGCCACCGGCGGGGUUUAGGGAUGCCCCGACACAGGAAAACCAGGCUACUCCAUUGGCCCGCUUACAGACUGCUGUUUCUAAUACGAGUCCUGGACUGAAAGCGAAUUGUCUCCAACAGAGAGCAAGGGGUUGUCCCUUUUCAUUUGCAAGACUUUUUUUCUCACAUUGCUACAGCUGCCCAGACUGCUGAUCUCUGGGUGCUUAAAGUUUGAAUUGAAGUGAAUGGGAAACCCCAUACUUUUUUCUAUCACAGACCCAGCUACAAACAAGCCCUUUUCCCAUUUGAGGUCUUGACCUGCACUUUUUCUACACAAAGGAAAGUCAUCAUCCCAGACUUUUUUUUUUUCUUUCAGGCUUCCCGUUUUUUCUUUCUUUGAGCCUCACUUCAUUUCUCGCUGUUGCUUUUGUUCCAUGUUGUAAGUCCAUCUCCCACCAAAAUAGGCCUACCUCUGCCAACUCUUGUACCUCACUGAACUCCCACUUAUAGACCAAUCAAAUCAAACUGGACCGUGUCACAUCAGGCUCAAGGUUCAUCAGUUUAGCUGAGGUUUUCUGUCUGUCAGGAUUUGAUUGGCUUUUCGCAGCACAAAAUCACUUCGCUAAAUUAUGUUUUAAUGGAAGGGUCCAAAUUGUUUUUUAUAUCUAAAUAACAGCCAUUUUUUUUAUUGCACUAUUAUCACGUUUUCCACCAAGCCUUCGUUCACCUCGCAGAUGUCCUCUUUUUAGACUUGUUUGUGGAAACAGACCCGUAAGAAUUAUCAGUUUCUAUUGGCUUGUAUUUGUAAUUGAUUGACAUGUUGGAGACGAACUAGUGUUGUUUUUACCUGCAACGCUGACAGAGAUAGCUGUCCGGACACCUCCUCCUCUUUACAAUCUGUGGCUUAUUUGCUCAUCCCGCCUUCCCACCUGUUUUCUGGCUGACAGGAAAACAAGGCUUUUACAUCAGAGCGACUUGUAAGCUUCUUUUAAUCUCACACAGACACACACAGUAGAUCUGGAUUGACCUAAGAACCUAAAAAAAACAAGCGAUCGCUCCUCCUCCCCUCUGUGUGGUGAAGCAGGGGAGUGUUUUCCUAUUUUCCACCUCCUCAAUUAUCCCUCCAUCUCAUUUGUAUCUGUCCUUUACAUUUUUUUUUUUUUUUUCAUUUUGCCAAGCCGUCAUUUUACCCACAAACUACAAAUCCACUCAACACACCACGCCUAAAGAAACAUUUAACUCUGAAUGAUAAAUUCCUCAGCAUAGCAGUUGCUGAACAGACACUCACACCACAACACAAAGGAAGUGAUGCCAGGUGGCAGCAGUAAGAGUGUAGGGCGGGGUCCCUCCUCGUCACCCCUCCCCCACGCCGUAGUCCCGCCCAGCAGACCACUGAGACCCUCCCGCUACGUCCCGGUAUCUGCAGCCACCUUCUUCCUCGUUGGCUCCACCACGCUCUUCUUCUGCUUCACGUGUCCGUGGCUUUCGGAGCGUUUCUCGGUAGCGGUGCCCAUUUACAAUGGAGUCAUCUUCCUGUUUGUUUUGGCUAACUUCUGUAUGGCUACAUUCAUGGACCCCGGCAUCUUCCCAAGAGCCGAAGAGGACGAGGACAAGGAGGACGAUUUUCGUGCUCCCCUCUACAAGACUGUGGAAAUCAGAGGGAUCCAGGUCAGGAUGAAGUGGUGCUCAACCUGUCGCUUCUACAGGCCGCCACGGUGCUCCCACUGCUCCGUCUGUGACAACUGUGUCGAGGACUUCGACCACCACUGUCCCUGGGUGAACAACUGCAUCGGCAGGAGGAACUACCGCUACUUUUUCCUCUUCCUCCUGUCUCUGACGGCCCACAUCAUGGCCGUGUUUGGCUUCGGCCUGCUUUUUGUCCUCUACCAUCGCCAGAACAUCGACCGCCUGCAUGCCAUCGUCACGCUGGCUGUAAUGUGUGUUGCAGGCCUGUUCUUCAUCCCUGUUGCUGGUCUUACUGGUUUCCACAUAGUGCUUGUGGCCAGAGGCAGGACGACCAAUGAACAGGUAACAGGGAAGUUCAGAGGGGGUGUUAACCCUUUCACCAAUGGCUGUUGGAAGAAUGUCUCCCAUGUCCUCUGCAGCUCACAAGCACCCAGGUAUCUGGGCAGAAAGAAGUGUGUGCAGAGUGUCUGUGUGCAGCCUCCCUUUCUGCGGCCACAGCUGACUGAGGCCCAGCUGGCUGCAAAGAUCCUGGACAACGGUAUACAGGGAGACCUGCACCGGUCCAAGUCCAGUCUGGAGAUGAUGGAGAGCCAGUCGUGUGACGCUGAGCCACCUCCUCCUCCUAAACCAGAGCUCCGCUACCCUGGAAUCACCAGGGGAAACACAGAGGAGUGCAGUCUACUGAACAAAGCCCCUCCCACCCCCACCAUGUACAAAUACAGGCCCACCUACAGCCCCGGCAAGAACCACACAGCGCUCACACAUGCUUACGCCAACCAGUUAAGUCGAGGGGAGAGUGUUGGCAGUGCCAGGGACUCCUCCUCCUCCACCUCCUCCCUCCUUCAGGCCAGUCAGCAGCCUGGUUUCCGCUCCCAGCCCAGCCUGGACCGGAGGGACACUUCGUCUGACAGAGUGGGAGGGGGAGAAGGUGGGGAGAGGAGAGAGGGAGGGAGAGAGGCGGGGGGAGGGGGCAUCCCUGGCUACUCCCUCGGCGGACGCUCAUACCCCUCCUUCUCCGACCCUACGGUCCUAUCGGGAGUGGCGUCACGAUCUUCCAGCUCCACGCACACCUCAGCAGGCGCCGUCCACGUCUCCGAGGCAACCACCACCUCAGCCAGCUUCAAGAGCUUAGCCAAUCAGACACCCCCGCCUCACCACCCAUCCCGCAAUGGGAGCCUGUCGUAUGACAGCUUACUGGCAGGUGGUGACGAGUUCGACAAAGGGGUGGCAGCGGGUUCGGCAGCCCCCGAGGUUUCCUCUGGGAGACCCUGCACGCCGGCAGCAGGCGGCUACAGCUCCCCCUUCCUGUCGUCACAACAGAGAGAUUCUGAGAUGCACUCCCAGUCCUCCCAGUCGCCCCAUCACUACCACCGCUCCUCCACCCACCACCACCACCAUCACUCCUUCCUCCAUCGCUCCUCCUCUUCCACGUCCUCCUCCCCACCACCUCCUCCAGAGAGGGAGCGCCUGCUAGGCGAGCCCCACUCCGGCGCUCACCCCCAGUCCGCCAGUCAGGCCUCUGCUCCCCCUUCCUCCUCUGCCCCGCCUCCCCCACACCAUCAUCACCACCACCAUCACCACCACCACCACGCCCAUCAUCACCACCACCACUCCUCUUCCUCUUCCUCUACCUCCCGCCCUCCCCGCUUCUCUGCCCCUCAUGCACCACCCCACCACGCUUAUCCCUACCGCACCCGCUCCACUGACACCCCACUGGGAUCCUCCUCCACCUCCACGACCCACCCUCCCCGCUCCCCGCACCCCCCACCUCUGGGCAAGUCGCUCUCUUACUCGAGUGCCGCUGCCGCCGAAAUGCAGUACCGGCUGGUCCGAAAGGCUUCUGCGUCAGCCGGAGCGAACGCGGCGGGGGUAGGAGGAGGAGGAAGUGGAGGGAUGGGAGGAGGAGGAGGAGGAAUACAAGCGCCGAAGGAUGAGCUGAUCCAGAUGAAACCUCUGAGUCGGACCAACGGCGGCCAGCCCUUCUCCUCCACUUCCUCCUGCUCCGCCCCUUCCUCCCCCUCUCACCCAGUCAGCGUGUCCGCCCGGCCCGGAGUGGCCUAUCCCAGCUCGGCAUUGGUGCAGAGUCCCGCCCACAAGCCUCAGGGUGGCGGGGUGAAGAAGGUAACGGGCGUUGGGGGCACCACCUACGAGAUUUCUGUCUGAGUGGCAACCAGCCUCCUGCUUGACGACCAAUGAGACGAAGAGGAGAUACUGCCAUCUCCUUCUGCCUUUUAGGGAGAGAUUUGGAUUUUUCAUAAUGCAACAAGCCACUGACUGACUGCAGACCUGGACAUCUGAGGAUGAGUUGAACCAUUUUGUCCAGAUCUCACUCCUCGCUGGCCGAUUGACCGUGCAGAUAAACUCUGCUGGACUGUCUGGCCUCCAGACAUUCACUUCGAUAUCUCUGCUGGUAAAAUGAGAAGACCUGCACUGACUUUCUGGCACUGGGCUAUAAAAGACUACUUUUUCGGGAUCUCACUGGACCAAACAGGAACCCCAGUUUGGCUCAUUUCUGUGGGUUUUAUCCUUACUGUAGCUCAGUAGGUAGCAGGAGGCACUGGCAUUGUCAGGUCUGGGUGUUACAUUAUACAAGUAUAGCAGCGCAAGGCAUCACCACUGCCAGGGUGAGGAGUGUGAUCCACACCGGGGUCACCGAUGAGCUCUGGAUUAGGGUUUGACGACUGCAGGUUUACAAAGGUUGGAAUCAGCACUUUUGCACUGAAGCUGCAUUUAGGUAAAAAUUGGUGCAGAUGUUUGAUAUUUUAACAUUUCACCAGUUUCACUUUUAGAACAUUAAAAAAAAAAAAAACACCAUGAUGAUGAUAAUGAUGGUUAUAAUAGUGAACACAUUUAUGCACAGUCUGUGGAACCCGAUCAAAAUCAAAGUAGAAUCCAUUUAAAGUUAAGGGCUUCCCAUAGACAACCAGUUAAGUGUAAACUAAAUGUGUGAUCAGUCAUAUAAGAUCAAGUCAUAGCUCGUUUUUAAAGGAAUACUUCCCCCGCAAAAUGACCAUUUGUAUAUCAGUUACUCACAGCGUUACCUUGAACUUAUGAAGAAAACUGUUUUUCUCGCUUGCCUCCAUGGGCAAUGGAGAAUCAAAAGGCAAACACUGUCGGUGAAUUAAAGUAAUUACGGUCAACAUUUAACCACAUCCAUGCAUGGAGCCAGGGUGCAGGGGCAGCAGGCCUAGCUCCAGACGUCCCUCUCUCCGGAAACACUUUCUAACUCCUCCUGAGGGAUCCCGAGGCUUCUCAGGCCAGAUGAGACACAUAAUCCCUCCAGUGUGUUCUGGCUUUACCGCUGGGUCUCCUACCAGUUGGAUGUGCCUGGAAAACCUCUAAUGGGAGAUGCCAAGGUGGCAUCCUGAUCAGAUGCCUGAACCACCUCAGCUGGCUCAUUUCGACAUGAAGAAGCAGCAGCUCUACUCCGAGCUCCCUCUGGAUGUCCGAACUCCUUACCAUAUCUCUUACGCUGAACCCAGACACCUUACACAGAAACUCAUUUCAGUCACAUAUAUCCGUCUCAUUCUAUCAGUCACUACCCAGAACUCUUGACCAUAGGUGAGGGCUGGAACAUAGAUGGACCGGUAAAUUGAGAGCCUAACCUUACCUUUCGGCUCAGCUCCCUCGUCACUACGAUGGUUUGACGCAGCACCUGAACAGCCAACCUGUAUCAGCAUAUUUCUUUACAAACUCUCACACAACUCGUGCAAUAUAAUCCAAGUCUCAUUCAUCCAUUUGUAUGCUCAGUACUUCCUCAACACAUCCAUUGCUCCAUGCUAAAACAUGGUUUAAAACACAGUAGUAGCUGAGUAGUGUGCCUGGACAGGUGUGUUUGAAUUCUACUUGAUGAAGCUCAUAUGCACUCAAUGCUCAGGCACGCUCAGGGCACACUACUUGUUGGCGUUGUGUAACAAUUUUAGCAAAAAAGCAUGUGUUCGGGAAGUUCUGAGCACACAACUGGAUCAGUGAGACUUGGAUUAUACUGCACGAGUUGUGUGAGAGUUUGUAAACAGAUGUUUUAUAUAGUUUUGCUGUAAAACGCAAUUCCUAUUUACUUCAAGUCGUAAAGAGUGUUUGUCUUUUUUGGAUUCUCCAUUCCCGACUAAGACGUGCUAGAAAAAGUUUUCUUCACAAAUUCAACGCGAUGAGUAAUUGGUAUACAAAUGAUUAUUUUGUAGGUGGAGUAUUCCUUUAGUACAAAUUAUGACCCCAGUUGUCAGUUAAACCCUACUUUAAAUAACAGCAUCCACCAAAUGGAGGGAGUCAGUGGACCAAGAACACAGGUGGUGUUUGUGUGAUGCACGGAGUCAGUAACGCAGCCCAGGCAGAAUCCCUGCAACCUGCUGUCACUCUCCUCGAGGCCGUCGUCUCAUUCACAGCCUUCCAGUCAGCCAACACUCAAGCAAUUAUUAGGAUCUAUUCUGGACUUGUGACAAUCUACCAGUGGCUGGAAGGAACACACAUGAACUUUUCGAUGGACGUCGCUGUGUGAAUUGACUUGCCUUUUAAUGGAGGGAUGAAAAAUGUGACAUUGAGGAAAAAAAAAAAAGCUGAUUCCCUGUUUUCUUUGAUUCAUUUAUUGUUUUUUUUUCCUAGAUGUGAAUAUGAUUCCAUGUUUGUACAGGAUGAUGUGAUUUUAAAUGUGGAUUUUUUUUUUUUCUUUUCUUUUUUUAAGUGGCGUUCAUACUGGACUGCAGCAUGCACUACUAUUACUACUAGCCACUAUAGGCCACUGUGUUUGGCUGUGGACCAUGUCUGUUUGAACAAAACAGGAAGUGAGGAAACUAAAGUGAACAAGGAAAUCAUGUUUUGGCCUUUUGUCGUUAAUGGGGUCUUUAAGACAAAGUCGGCUUUUCUAGAAAAUUCAUUCCUCGAGCAAUUGCCUUGAAAAUGAAAGUGUUUUUUUUUUUUAUGUCACCUAUUUAAUUUGAAAUUGUUUUAUAUGAAUUUAUAUGGAAAUAUAGCUAUUGAUAAAUGGAACGUUUUUAAAUAUUGAUGCGAAGGAGGGAUUAAGAUUUAAAACCAUGUUAAAAAGAUUAAAGCAGCCCUUCAGAUUGAUUUUGCUUGAAGCUCCACAGUUCAGUUACAAACUCUCAGACCAGACGCCUUAUUUUUAAGAUCUUCAGUUUUCAGUCAGUUACUUAAACAAACUCCACAUGGAAAUGAUCUCUGUUCUAUGAUAGUGUUACGGCUUCAAUAAUAAGCCAGUGAUCCCAAUACUCCGUCUAUUAACUUGUGUAAAAUUCCUUCUGGUCUCCAAAUAAUUUUAUUUUAGCUCCCUGGGAAAUGGUUUUAGAAUUACGCUAAAACAUAAAUGAGGCUCCUCGUCUGAGAAAAUGUGUUAAAUGGUUUAAAAAGAAGUUGUGAUGAUGAUGUAGUGGACACUUGUAAAACAGUGCACCAAGUCUUUCUUUCCCCGCUAUACAUUAGCUGUCCAUUUCUUGCUGAAGAUUUCACAUUCAAAUUCAAAACACUUAGAGCAUCAAAUGUAUCCGAGAGCUGUACAGGAUCAAGUCCAACACUUUGUUGCACCAGUUAAACCUGGAUUCAGCUGUGGAAAAAAUCUACAGUGUUCACUAAGGGCCUUUUCACACCUGCAAGUCUGAGCCAAGGUUUGCGUUUUUGUUGAACUGAAUAUGUUUGAUCCGGUUAGAUUUGGUUUUAAAUUGCAACAACUAUUCAUGACAUACCUAUGUCCUAUGUGAGCUGCGUCCCCCUAUACUUGACAUUGAUUACUUUGCACACAAGCCUAUCCAUGAUCUCGUAUCCCCUCCCUUUCAUCCUCAAAAAAUAUUUAAAGAUGUCUGAGUUUUUGUGAGUUUUUCCAACCAACUCUUUAGAAAGUCGUCCCCACCAUCCAAAAAAUGUUUUGACCCCAGAAACAAACCGAACUACAGUUCAGUUUGAUCCAGACUGAGACCAUCUCUCAAGGUUUGGCUGUUUGGUCCGGACCCUGGUCAAGAAGGUUUCACACCUGUAAUUUUCAGAUCAAACUGAAAUCCCCAAAAGUCCGAACCCAACGAGGCAGGUGUGAGCGGGCCCUAAGUCUCACCUUGAAACUAAUUACACCAGCCAUUUUGUUUCAUGGCUCCUACCUGUUAGCUGGAACGAGCUAACUGUUGCAACACAUUGAAGGACAACGUGUUUAUCAGUUGUUGGUUAGUGACGUUAUGUAGUGCUUUGCAACUAUGUCAUCACUUUGUAAUGACACAAGUGGGCCUAAGUAUGACUUUUAACUUGUCACCUUUUUGGCCAUGUUGUCUUAAUGCAGUCUGGGACACAAACACAAGACCACAUCACUCAUGGUUGGAAAUGAUAGAACCAGUGAUAGUAAAAUAAAUGAAGCACAGAGAGAUCUAAACAGGAAGAGUAUCCUGUAAUGUGAGGACAUGUCUUUGUUUGAAUGGACGGUAGAUGAAGACAGUGGGCUGUUGGUUAGCAAGCACAGCUUUGGCAGGCUUCUUUGCUUGUGUGUUUGAUUUGGAGAGGGGAACAGAUUGAAAUCAGAGACAUGACAAAUAUGUGUACUGUACAGCUUAUUAUGUGUGUGUGUGUAUGUAUGUGCGCGCGCAUGUGGAUGGAUGGAUGGAUGGAUGGAUGGAUGGAUGGAUGUGGUGCGGGACUGGAAGAUUGAUAAUAAACUUAAAACAAAGAGGUGGA